AUGAAUAAAAAUGAAUAUAAUAAAAGAUAUAUGAGUUAUAUAAAUACAAAAAAUUAUAAUGAAUUAUCUAUUUCUCGGAAAGAACAAAAUAUUUCUUAUCAAAAUAAUAACAAAAUCAUGCUUAAUGAUUUCAAAAUAAAUGGUAUAAAGGAAGAAGAAUUAAAUAUGAAAAGUGAAUAUAUUAAUAGUUAUGAUUAUUUAAAAAGUGAUAGAAAUGAAUUAAGCGGCUCUCUAAAUUUAAAUAAAGGCUUUAAUAAAAAUUUAAACAGCAAAGAAAAAUAUAUGAAUGUUCAAAAUAAUGAAAUUUUAUCAAAUUCUUACUUUGAGAAUUUUGUUUCUUCAUAUUCAAAUAAAUAUUUAAAUGAGAACAAUAAUUAUACAUAUGAUAGUAAUAAUAAUAAAAUAAAAAAUGAUUUCAGAAAAAGUGGCUAUGUUAUUAGCAACAGAAGUAAUAAUAUUAUUCAUAAAAAAAGUAAAAAAUAUAAUAAUAAAUUAAUUUACUCAAAUAAAAAAAAUGAUACUUUUUUAAAAGGUAAUAAUUUAAAUAUAAGUAAUAAUCAAUGCAAUAUUUAUCAUCAAGAAAACAGUAUAAAUAAUUAUUCCAUAAUGGAUUUUAACAAUAAUAGAACUAUUAAGAGAAGUAUGAAUUUCAUGAAUUACAAUACCUUGAAAACAUUUAACAAUUCUUAUUUAAGUAAUAAUAAUAUAAAUGAAAAUACGAAUAAUAAUUUUAAUAAGUAUUUAAAUGAAAGUAUAUUCGAAAAUAAAAAUUACAUAAGCAAUGGAAUUCCAAUUAAUCAUGAAAUUAACGCAAAUAAGAUCAUUCAUAGCUUCAAUAUUAAGGAUUACUCAAGUAAAAGUAAUAAUAUAAAUCAUUUAAAUGAAUCAAACAAACAAGAAUGUAUAAGUAAAAAUAAUAACAUAAAUUAUAGAAAAAUAAAUAAAAGAAAUAAAUCUAUGAAUAUUUUCAAUGAAAAUAUAAAAAUCGAAAAAAAAAAUACAAAUGAAAAUGCAUAUAGUAAUACAAAAGAUAAAGUUCCAAAAUUUAUAUUUUGUAAAUAUUGUGAUAUCAAUAUUGAAGAAAAUAAAUUAGAAGAUCACAAUAAAAAUCAGCAUAUAAAAUGCCCAAUAGAUAAUUGUAAUCAUAUAUAUAAUAUUGAUUGUCUAGAAUUUCAUUUAUUAAACCAUAUGAAAAAUGAUAAAAAUGAAAACAUUUUAAAUAAUCCAAAAGAGAUAGAAAAGUGGAUUAAUGAAAGAAAAAAAAAUUAUCCUACAAGAAGCAAAAUAAUUAAUGAUAAAAAUAAACAAGUAUCGAAAAUAAAAAAAAAGCCAAAUUGCUUAAUUGAAGAAUUAUUUUUUGAAAGUUACUGUUCUGCAAUAGGUAGAAAUUUAUAUUAUAAAAACGAAUUAAAAAAAUCUUUAUUUAUUCCUUUAUUAACUAAGUUGUCGCAAAAUAACUUUCGUAACAUUUAUGAAAAUGAUUAUUAUAACAUUUCAAAUAAUAAACUUAAAGGGGGAAAAAAACAAAAUAGAAGUUUUUCAAAAAAGCAAUUAAUUGACUCUUUAAACAUUCAUAAAAAGCCACCAUUACUUUAUCAAUUAAUGAAAAAUGAAAUUUAUUUAUAUGAAAAAAAAUUAAUGAAAUGCAUUGAAUAUAUAACAGAAAAUAAUUUUUUUGAUGAUUUUUUGGAUAAAAAAAAUGACAUUAUUGAAUUAAAUUAA